AUGGAUACUAGUGACGCGUCUCCUCCCGCUACACCUCCUUCUAGCUCUGCCAAUAAUGGACAUCCGAGUGUCGCUCUAGCUGGAACAAUACCAAACUCGUCUGAAGCAUCCAAUGGUACUGUUUUGGUUUCCAACGGCCUCGAGGGUAGCGAGAACGACAGCGAAAAUGAUGACAGUCGUGGCCGCAAACGUCGUCGUCUACGACGCGGUGACGUUGCCGAUAAUUUCGUGGUUGGUGACAUGGAGCGUAAAGAGGCGGAAGGAGACGACGACUAUGGAGAGCAAGCGGAGGAGCAGGACGAGGAGAUUGUGGAUGAGCUGGACAUCCAAGAGCGAGAAAGACAAUACUUUAGUGAAGACGAAUUGAAUGACGACGAGGACGGCGAAGAUCUGGGCGAGAAUGCAGAGAUGGACUACCGACGGAUGGAGACGUUGGAUCGGUAUGAUACGGCCAUGUUAGAUGGGAGGCAGUACGAGGAUAUGGACUUUGAUACUAGACGAGAAGUGGAGGCUGAAUUAAACCGACGAGAUGCACGUGAAGGACGUGUUGCGCAUGUGUUUGAAGAAGAUCAGGAAAUGGAGCAUGAUGAUGCUCACAGACGACGAUUUAGACGUGUCCGUGAAGGAGAUGACGGAUAUGACGACAUAGGAGGCACUGCGGAUGUUGACGAAGAGCUUAUUAAUCUAGAACACUUUGAUGUACCGCUGAGAGAGUGGAUCGCUACGGAACGACCCCGGAGUGAGAUCAAGAGACGCUUCCGCAACUUUCUCAAUACUUUUGCGGAUGGUAAAGGUAGGUUGGUGUAUCACGAGAAGAUCGUGCAACUUGCACAGCGCAAUGAGCAGUCACUGGAGAUUGAAAUUGGUGAUGUGAUUCACAGCAUGUCGAUGGUGGCGGCAUGGUUGGUGGAAGCCCCGAAAGACAUGUUGGUGAUUCUCGACGAAGUUGCUCAGGAAGUCGUGCUGGCACUGUUUCCGUACUACUCCACAAUCCAUCAGCAAAUUUACGUGCGUAUUCUGGAUCUCCCUGGUACUGAACGACUGCGAGAUCUGCGUACGGCACACUUAAACUUCCUCAUUAAGGUGUCAGGCGUUGUGACAAGACGUACGUCUGUGUUCCCGCAGCUUCAACUUGUCAAGGUUAAUUGUCCCGGGUGUGGUGCGGUGCUAGGCCCAUUCACGCAACAGAGUCAACAGGAAGUGAAGCUUAGUGCUUGUCCAGAGUGUCAGUAUCGAGGCCACUUUCCCGUGAACAGUGAGCAAACAGUGUACCGCAACUUUCAAAAAAUAACACUACAGGAGUCACCAGGCAGCGUGCCACCUGGUCGUGUACCUCGUUCUAAGGACGUGAUCUUAGUUGGUGACCUUAUUGACAAGGCUCGACCUGGUGAUGAGAUCGCUGUUACUGGUAUUUACACCAACACGCCUGACCCUACGCUGAACUUACGGGACGGAUUCCCCGUGUUUCGUACAGUAAUUGAAGCUAAUCAUGUUGAGCGGCGCGCAGAUGUGCUAGGCAGCCAACUGCUCACAGCUGAAGACAAGAAACAGAUUUUGCGUCUUGCGAAGCAACCGGAUAUUGCACAGCGGAUUAUCAAUAGUUUUGCACCAUCCAUCUACGGUCACCAGCAAGUAAAGACCGCUUUGGCUUUGGCGCUGUUUGGUGGAAAACCCAAAUUCAUUAAGAACUCACGUGUUCGUGGUGACCUGAACGUGCUGAUGGUAGGAGAUCCUGGUACGGCUAAGUCCCAAUUUCUCAAGUUUGCAAAGCAGACUGCACCUCGCGCCGUGUACUCCACGGGAAAAGGCGCAUCUGCCGUGGGGCUUACGGCUGGUGUGUCGCGUGACCCUUUUACUAAGGAGUGGGUCUUGCAAGGUGGUGCACUGGUGUUGGCAGACAAGGGCGUAUGCUUGAUUGAUGAGUUCGACAAGAUGAACGAACAGGAUCGUACUAGUAUACACGAGGCCAUGGAGCAGCAAAGUAUUUCUGUGUCGAAGGCUGGUAUUGUUACGUCGCUACAGGCCCGAUGCUCUGUUAUUGCGGCUGCAAACCCGAUUGGCGGUCGAUACAACGCCGCUCGAACAUUUGCAGAAAACGUUGAGCUCACCGAUCCCAUCUUGCAGCGUUUUGACCUGCUUUGCAUUUUACAAGACAAGGUCGAUCCUGUUGACGACGAGCGGCUUGCGGACUUUGUCGUUUCCAGCCACAUGCGCAGUAAUGCCAAGAAGAAAAGUGCUAAUGAAGAAGAUGAAUUGAGCGCGAUGACUCAGUCCAUGCAGGUUGGAGACGAUGAUGCAAGCAUGACGUUAGACCAGGAACUAUUACGGAAGUACAUUCUGUAUGCACGUACAUUCGUAAAUCCUGUUCUUGCUAGUGGGCUCGACACAGGAAAAGUAGAGGCGUUUUACGCACAGCUUCGAAGAGCUUCGCAGCAUACGGGUGCUGUGCCUGUAGCUGUUCGGCACUUGGAGUCGCUUUUCCGCAUGGCUGAGGCGCAUGCCCGAAUGCAUCUACGCGAUUCCGUUGGCGACGAGGACCUGGCGCUGGCUAUUCGAGUGCUGACCGAGAGCUUGUGCGAUGCACAGAAGUUUACCUUCAAGCGUCAGUGGCGACGUUUGUUUCGACCGUACCUGACCUACCGCCAGGACAACAACGUGCUGCUGCUGCACGUGCUCCAUGAAUUGUUCAAAUCGGCGCAUGCGUAUCAGCAACUACGUUUGCAAACUGAUGCGCAGUCAGGCCACCGCAGCCACAAGGAGACGACACUCACGGUCCUGCGUGACGACCUGCUUUCGAAGGCCAAGUCUGUCGGUAUAUACGAUCUCAGUGAGUUUUACGAGUCGGCAGCGUUCACCAAGGCAGGAUUCCGUAUUGAUGAAGUUACCAAGUCCAUCAUCAAAGACUUGUGA